UUAGUGGGCGAUUUGGCCGGCCGUUUUUUCGGUAUUUUGGCCGUUUUUUUUUUCAGUAAAGUUGGAAAAAAAUCGGCCGAUUUUGCCGAUCGGCCGAUUUUCGCGGCAAUUAGUGGGCAAAUCGGCCGAUUUUUUACCGAUAAAAAAAUCUGCGCAUGAGCAGUGACCUGCAAGAGGAAGACAAAAAGAAGAAAAAGAAGAAGAGGAAGACGAAGAGGAUGAGGAUGAAGAAGAGGAUGAGGAUGAAGAAGAGGAUGAGGAUGAAGAAGAGGAUGAGGAUGAAGAAGAAGAAGAAGAAGAAGAAGAAGAAGAAGAGGAUGAAGAACAGGAUGAGGAUGAAGAAGAAGAGGAUGAUGAUGAAGAAGAAGAAGAAGAAGAAGAAG